AUGUCUCUCAAGAUCGCCGUCAUCGCCUGCGUCGCCGUCCUGGCCUUCGCUGACCAGUCCCCUUACCCCGCCCCCCCUGCCUACGCUCCCCCCGCCCCCUACCACCCCCCACCCAAGGGCUACCCCGCCGAGCCCGAAUACCCUGAUGUUCCUCCCAAGUACAACUACAACUACGGUGUCGCCGACGGCUACUCCGGCGCCAACUUCGGCCAUACCGAGUCCCGCGACGGCUACAAGACCGAGGGCAGCUACACCGUGGACCUCCCCGACGGCCGCAAGCAGAUCGUCAAGUACGUGGACAACGGCGACGGUCUUGUAGCUGAGGUCACCUACGAGGGCGAGGCUCAGUACCCCGAGUACAAGCCCACCUACAAGCCCGCUCCCCCCGCCUACGGCCCCCCUCCCCCCGCCUACGCUUAAGAGCACCACCUCGUAGACUGGCGUUCAAGUCUUCGAUCAUCAUCCCUUAAGAGAAACAGAGAUUAUUUUGUUAUCUUAUUUAUUGUGCCAUCCAUAGAAUGUGCUAAUAAAUAUUUU